AUCUUCACAACUCAGCCAAACAGACUUCAAUCUACUCUUCUCUUCAAUACUCUCUUUUUGAGAUCUCAACACUUUUUAACCACCAAAAUGCAAUUCUCCAUCGUCGCUCUUCUCGUCGCCGCCACCGGUGCUCUUGCUGCUCCUGGUGGUGGCCGUGGUGGUGACCGUGGUGACCGUGGUGGUGACCGUGGUGACCGCAACACCAACACGCAGACCGUCACCUGCACUGGCGGUUCUGCUUACUGCUGUUCCCCUGAGUACUCUGACGGAGGCCUUUUCAGCCACUACCAGUGCAACAAGAACAUCAACAGCUGCAACGUCCAGAGCACCAUUGUUUGCUGCGCCCAAAAUGCCCAAGGAAACAACAAUCACCAGUCGCAGAAGUGCUCUGCCUUCGGCAACCAGAAGGUUAUCUUUGACUAAACUCCUUCUCUGGAACCCGACAUGAAUAAUGGCAGCCCUCUGUAACUAGAGUGGGCGGCGUAUUAUUAACAGUCUCCGGCAUUCAGGGUAUUUCCAAUGGAAUGGAGGGGUUAUCAAAUUGACGAGGGGUAUGGAUGACAGUUGGAUUAUUUCUUUCUUCGGUUCGAGUAAGGGGAUAGCUCUAGCCAGGCUAACCUUAUCCCAACCACCCACGCUCCUUUUAUGCUUUAUCAGGGGAUAUGUUUAGUUCUAUGGGAAAAUGAUGAGAAAUAAAAAAAGUUUCUCGAG